CUGUUAGCGUCCAGUAACGUGAUAAAUAUAAUUCAAAGAAACUGGCAACCUGGCUCCAAAAGAAGGAAAUGGAAAGUCCAAAGAUUUUAAAUUACAGCCGCUCAACACUGACUGUCGUGUAAAUACUUACUGACCUUCAAACAUUCGAUGGCAACACUGGCAAUAUUUUCUUUUGUUUAUUAUUUCGUCUGGCAUUUCAUACGGUACCGGUGUCUUGAGAGGACUGAUGUUAAUCGAUUUUGUUUACAAACUUUUACGCCGAAUUUCACCGUAAAAUUGAGUCGAAAAUGAGUCGCAACAAACGGAAUUUCAACCGAAAGGAGACGAAAACUUUCGAUGAAACGAAUCCGGUGAUGGCAAUUUUCAAACAAUGCUCAAAGGAAUUGGACGACAAACAGGAUCGCUACGAGAAAAUCGUCAAAUUUGGCCGGGACAUAACGAUCGAAAGCAAACGGAUCAUCUUUCUACUGCACACUGCGACCAACAAAAAUGCGAACAAUGAACCCAUUUUGAAUGAGGCACACGCACGUCUGUUGACGCUUUGUGAGACACAUUUCGCCAAUAUAGCCAGAGAGCUGCGUGGCCUCGACCCGUAUCAGUACACCAGAGCCUACUCUCCAGGACUGCAGGAAUUCAUCGAAGCGUUCACUUACUAUGAAUACGUCAACGGCGGAAAUAAGAUUCUCGACUGGACCGAUGUCCAGAAUAAAAUGACGUACGACGAACGUGAUAGCGAUUCGAGCGAGGACAAAGAAAAUUCGAAGAAAGACGGUGCCGAUGAUCCGGUUCUCGGUAUCGUUGAGAGAAAAUCGUUUAAAUGUCUGGUACAGCCGAUGGAAUUCAUGCUUGGCCUUGGCGAUUUGAGUGGAGAAGUAAUGCGACGGUGCAUCACAUCGUUGGGCACUGGAGAUGUUGAGACCUGCUUCCAGGCGUGCACAUUUUUGCAGUCGUUGUACAGUGGUUACAUGAGUCUGUGUCACAUGCGCCAAAAGGACAUGACCAACAAAAUCUACACACUGCGCCAGAGUGUGUUGAAAGUGGAGAAUGUCUGUUACAAUGUAACCGUACGCGGUGGAGAGGCGGCCAAAUGGGGUUCGCUUGAUAAUGUCGAUAAGCCGUCGGACGAUGUUGACGAAGGAUUUUAUUGAGCGGAAAAUAAAGUUGAUUUCGACAUGG